GCCCCCCCUUCUCUAAAAAUCAAUAAAACAUCCUCAGAUGAGGAUUUUUUUAAAGAGACAGUUUCUUGUAGAAACCCUGUUUUGUAGCUAUUUCAUGAAUAUUCAUAAGAGCCAGUGCCCAUGUGGUUUGGGAGAAUGUCUGGACACAUAAAUGAGCUUAAUAUAUUUUUCUUGAAAUUUUCUUGCACAAAAUAUUUAUUGAAUUUUACAGAAACAGGUGUUUCCUAAGAUUGGUUUUUUGUUUUUAAGUAUCAUUCUGGAGUUCAGGGCUUUUCCCAUGAAUUUCUAUAAAUAGUACUAGAUUGCUCACCUGCACACAUAAAAAGCUAUUGGUAACAUGAUUUUUUAAAAACUGCCACCAAGAAUUAGCCCAUUUUGCUAGAAUAUCGAGAGAUUAGAACUAAGGCUAAUAAUUUUAAUGGAGAUGGAUUUGUUCUUAGAAACUGUAGUUAACUCAUGAGAAAUAUUUUAAGAAGAACUAAUAAACUAUAAGACUUUGUUUUUCUUCAUUGUAGUUGAGAUUACAGACAUCCUGCCAAAAUGUUUUCUUCAAAGCCCAGACUUGUCGUACCCUAUGGCCUCAAGACUCUGCUUGAGGGAGUUAGCAGAGCCGUUCUCAAAACCAAUCCGCAGAACAUCACCCAGUUUGCAGCAUUUUACUUUAAAGAACUUAUUCUGUUUAGAGAAGGGAAUGUUCCUCUGGAUAUAAAAGAUCUGGUUAAACAGUUUCAUCAGAUUAAAGUUGAGAAAUGGUCAGAAACGACACAGGAGAAGAAACCAGAAUAUGCAAAAGAACCAAGAGGAAUACCUACAGUUUCCAAAGAACCUACACGGAUGGAAAAAUCUACAGACACAGAGGAGGACAAUAUAUCUGUUGGACCACUAGUUAGCAACAAAACCACUCAGUUCCCAUCAGUUUAUGCUGAGAAGCCCCCAGAGCCUGAGGAGACAACUAAAGCAGUUCGUGGUCCUUCAAAACCGUCCACACCUAAGACUGCUACCCCACCCUCAUCACCAGCUCCAGCAGAUGUCUCACCAGAAUUUGCCUAUGUCCAGGCUGACCCAGCUCAGUUUGCUGCCCAGAUGUUAGGUAACGUUUCAUCUAUUCAUUCUGAUCAGUCUGACGUUUUAAUGGUGGAUGUGGCAACAAGUAUGCCUGUUCUUUCCAACGAGGUGCUGAGUUCAGAGGCUGCUGAAGAUAAUGAGGUGGCUGCUUCUGUUGUGUAUUCUGGAGAGGGGUUAGCGGUGCAGGUUGUGAGCCACACAUCUGUCCAUGUAGAUUUGGGUUCUAAACCUAAAGACGUUAAGGCUGAACCAUCAACGGCUUCCUUACUCCCCUUGCAGGAUGAACAAGAACCUCCUGCUUGUGAUCAAGCUCCUAAGGUCUCUGGGCAGGCUGGUACUGGGGUUACCUCAACCAUCCGUGUAUCAUCUAUUUAUAACGAUGAGCCUGUGAUUGAAGGAAUUACUUGUGUGGAGCAAACACCAGAACAAAUAGUUACCCCUUUCACUGAUAACACUGCUAGUCUUAAAGAGACUGAGCCCUCGCAGGCUGAGAUUGAGCCAUCACCACCAGUUAGUCCCAUACCUCUAAGCAAGAUAGCCUCAGACAUGUCUGCAAAAUCUGUAGAUUCUGCAAAAUAUCCCACAGUACAUAUGGAGGCAGAAGCAACCAUUCUGAUCUCUGACACCUCUCUGAGAGGUCUGCUUGCACAAUCCCAGAAUGCAGAGGGCUCUACCAAAGCAGUAGGCUCUGAAAAAUCUCUGCACCUUGAAGUGGAGAUCAUUGCGCUAGUCCCGGGGCAGGAGGAAAACUCUGCACCCCAGGAGAUGGAGGUCAAACCUGUGGUCUCUGGGGAGGCUGCAAAAGCUGUGUACUCAGGUGCACCUGUAGGAUCAUCUAGUGGCCCCCCCAGUCCUGUUCCAGAAGGUCUUACUGAACCAGAAAUCGAACCAGAAGGGAAAGCAGCACCUGAACAAGGUUUGAAUGAACCAGCAAUAGCAACAAGCGAAGCAGGACAACCACCACCAUAUUCUAACACGUGGACCCUUUACUGUCUAACUGAUAUGAAUCAACAAAGUCGCCCAUCACCGCCACCUGCACCUGGGCCUUUCCCCCAAGCAACCCUCUAUUUAUCUAAUCCUAAGGAUCUGCAGAAUCCACCGAAAGUUACUUCUCCAACUUAUGUGAUGAUGGACGACAGCAAGAAGACCAGUGCCCCACCUUUUAUUUUAGUAGGCUCAAAUGUUCAGGAAGUGCAGGAUUGGAAACCUCUUCCUGGACAUGCUGUUGUUUCCCAGUCAGAUACCUUGAAGAGAUAUGCUGCAGUCCAAGUACCCAUUGCUGUUCCUGCAGAUCAGAAAUUCCAGAUACACUCCCGAAACUCCCAGAAUGCUAGUCCUCCUACAAGUGGACAAGAUGGCCCCAGGCCACAAAGCCCAGUUUUCCUUUCUGUUGCCUUCCCAGUAGAAGAUUUAGCCAAAACAUGUUCAGGAUCUGGUGACAAACGUACUCCCUUUGGAAGUUAUGGUAUUGCUGGAGAAAUAACCCUGACUACUGCCAAUGUUCGCAGAGCAGAAACUUAAAACUGGCAGGUAAAAUUUCCCACCAUAUGUGGACCUUAACACACUUGAGUUUUCAGCAUUCUGAUUUGUUGACCUGGAGACAUAUUUUUAAAAAUUGCAGUGAGUUGGAGUAUACUCUAAUUUGAUGAGAUUAUCUCCAGCUUCCUUGCCACCAAUUACUAAUCGAUGCACAACAGUGCACUCCGCCAUAAUGACCCACACUGGGGAUUUGGAGUCUAAUACAUGAACCGAUCAACCCCAUCACCUCUGCCUGUGUAGCUCCUGUGGAAGAUGCUAUAAAAGGGGAUGGAUUUUUUUU